AUGACGAUGAUGAAUCUGAUCGAAGAAGCUGAGCUCUGCUUUCCACAACUCCUCAACUCCUCCUGCAGGAAGACGAUGCAUCCUCGCUCUGUAUCUAUGCUCACUUACAUCAUACUGUCCUCCAUCUCUGUGUUCACUGUGACUCUCAACCUGCUGGUCAUCAUCUCUAUCUCCCACUUCAAGCAGCUCCACACCCCCACCAACCUCCUUCUCCUCUCUCUGGCUGUCUCGGACUUCUUCGUGGGCCUCCUCAUGUCCUUUGAGAUUGUGCUCAUAGACGGCUGCUGGUUCCUCGGUGACUUCAUGUGUGUUCUGUAUUAUGUUUUGGUCUACAUUAUCACCUCUGCCUCAAUAGGAACUAUGGUGCUCAUAUCUGCCGACCGCUAUGUGGCUAUUUGUGAUCCUCUGCAUUAUUCUACCAAAGUCACUCAGAAAACAGUUAAAGUGUGUGUUUGUGUGUGUUGGCUGUGUGCUGCUGUCUGUCACAGUCUGCUGAUGAUGGACAACCUGACACAACCGGGCAGGUAUAACUCCUGCUAUGGAGAGUGUGUGGUUGUUAUUGAUUAUGUUGCUGGACUCGCUGAUCUGUUUUUGUCUUUUUCUGGUCCUGUCACUGUCAUCACACUUCUGUAUCUGAGAGUUUUUGUGGUGGCUGUGUCUCAGGCUCGUUGCCAUCUUGUCCUGUAUUAA